CCUGGAGGCGCUUUGGAUGAAGUCAAUCACUUCCAGGCUCAGAUAAGCACUAGAGCUAUCGAACCGACACCUACGACUCAGCAUGACAAUCCCUCGAGUGGCAAUAACCUUUUGGAACUUAAAAAGAUAGAUUCAGAUAACGAUGGGUCAAUUUCAGGUGUCCAGUCUAAUAACGCUGAAGAGGGUAAUAGUCCAAAGGAAACCAAGCCUCAAGGUCACUCUGCUCCUCAGUCAGCAUCCAGUACAAUAGCACCCAAUCCGGCCAAGAAGGUUAAAAUGGAGCCAGCCUGUGGUUCUUGCAGGAGGUCCAAGAUUCGUUGUACGCAUCGCAAGCCCAUAACCGACCCAAGGGAAGCCUCAACUGGCCGUCAACCUGAGGCUCAAAGGCCUAUUCAACCCAAGAGGGAUGUCCAGGCUUCGCAAGGCAGCUCAGGAGAGCAGGCUUCCUCACCAGGCAUGGAGGCCCGGCUUCGACCCAAGAAGCAGGGACCCACGACCGCUCGGAAGGAACCUAAAACCCGCUCUACAUCGGGUUCCGGCCGGCCAAGAGGUAGACCACCAAAGCGCAAGGUUGAGGAGACCAAGGCUUUAAUGGAAGGGGCUGAUGAGGGGAAUGCUACCGUGGAGCCAGAAUCUCCACCUAAGCGAGCCAGACGCGGGUGUAAGCCUGGCCAACGCAGCGGAAUGAGUGCUGAAGGUAAGCUUGAACAGGCUAAAGGCCCCGAGCCGCCGGUUGCAACAAUAUCAGCUGAACAGAUGGCAGAGAAUCUUACAAUUGCCUCGCGCGUGGCUUUGGGCAAUGUCCUGGCGGAAGAGGUUGAGGCCAAAGUACGUGAGUGUGAGGCGAAGUGGGAAGCAGUGUCCAAUGCACUUGAGGCAGCCAUUCUAUGCUUUCGAGAGGCUAAGCAGUUGGUGGAUCCGUAUGUUGCUAUGUGGAGAAGAGGUGACGCAUGUGGAUAAAGAGCUUCCCACAUGUGAGGUGAAGAUUGGAGAUACAUACUGUAUAGCGGAAAUUGGUGAAGGAAAAUUGUUCAGCGUACCAUCUGUGUUCGCUGACUGGUUUGUUCACUAGAUCUAAUGUACAAUACUAUGAAC